AUGAGGAUUUAUAGCCUUGCAGAAGGCAAGCAUAUUGCAACAAUGGUUGCCACAAGAGAGGCAACUUGGUUACCACAGUUCACAGAUGACGAAAGUACGUUUGUUCGGCUUGUCGGAAGUGAACUACUAAUUCACAAUGCGUGUCAAUUUGAGAAGUACGAUCGAAAGCUUGUUGUGCCAAAUAUCAGUGUUUUUGCUGUAAGUUAUGGUCAUGCUCCACACCACGUGGCGUGCUACACUCCUGCAGCCGGUUCAACGCCUGGACGCGUACAAGUACGAAGUCUUGAUCCACCGUUUGCGGUUGUCGCUGCGAAAAAUUUCUUCAAAUCAGAAAAAGCAACACUUCUCUGGAAUUCUAAAGGAACUGCUGUAUUAGUAUUAUCUAGUACUGAGGUGGAUGCAUCUAACCAGUCAUAUUACGGAGAACAACAUAUAUACCUUUUAAAUUUGACCACCCAAGAAUCUUUUCAAGUAAAUGUACGGAAGAAGGGUCCUGUACAUGCAGCAAAAUGGAAUCCUACUGGAAAAGAAUUCUGUGUAUGCUAUGGAUACAUGCCCGCCAUGAUGAGCCUGUACAAUCUUAAAGGAGACGAAACUUUUCAUGUUGACGAAGGACCACGUAACGAUGCAUUUUACAACAAUUUUGGGAACAUUUUACUUACAUGUGGCUUUGGUAACCUUGGAAAAGGAAAAAUGGAAUUUUGGGACGUAGAAAAGAAAAGACAGAUUGUUGCAGUAGGUGUCAUAUACAGUGCUGUUGCUUCGUUACACAUUUUUCAUAAGCAUCCAGUGCUAAAAUCUCUUAAGAUUGAAGUUCCGAAUACCACGAUAUUCGAGUGGGCUCCUGACGGUCAACAUUUUCUCACUGCUACCACGACUCCACGACUUCGUAUUGACAACGGGUAUAGAGUUAUGGGAGGUAUAGUACAUAUUUGGUUCUCCAAUGAUUUCAAUCGUAAUUCUUGGUUCAAGGUGAAAUUUCGACCAAUGACGGGUUAUAACAAAUUUGAAGUGAGAGAUCUGACUGCAGCAGAGAAAAAGUCAGCAGGCCUGCUUGACAAGAAGACCGCAAGUGAGUCGGGCGAAAACAUCACUGUUGGAAUUGCAAAGCCGGGCGUUGCCUAUAUCCCUCCUCAUCUCCGGAAGUCUCGCCCGGCGGACUCCAAAAGUGCGCAGACAGCAGCUUCCAAAGAUUUGCAACCAGCAGCUCCCAAAAUGACUGAAACUGAGAAAAAGAUUUUUGGCAUAAAAAAGAAGUUGAAGGACGUCAGCGUUUUAAAGGCUCGACUUGCCAACGGCGAGGAGUUGCAGACGAAUCAGUUGGAAAAGAUUGCAAAGGAAUCGGAGUUCCUUGCGCUUUUGGAAAGUUUAGGCGGGACUCUUUAA